AUGGUAUCGAGUUCGAGUUCAAGUUCAGGAACUCAGGGGACAGGAUCAGAUACACAUCCACCUCGUUCGCGAGCAUCCUUUAGAGUGAUGAUCAAAUCACGAAUCAAACAACCUCAAUUUUAUUGGUUUUUAGGCCAUUUCUUUACAUUAUACCAUUUUAUUCGGUUCCAUCUUUCACUCUUUUCUGUUAGAUCACAGAUAUACCAUUACAAGAUGUCAUUAUUCUAUAUAUCGAUUACUUAUGGGAUUGUCCUGUAUCAAUUCUAUAAGAGUGGACAAUUGAAAAUGGAUACAACAAGCUUGAGACACAAGAUAAAGACUUUAGAUAAUUUACAAUAUUUUAUUAUGUUGACCGCAUUAUGGAUAUGUUCAGUAAUGACUGAUAGUAUUGUCUUGAAUGGUGUGACAUAUUCUCCUGUGAUUUAUUCAUUAUUCCAUUGUUUAAAUUAUUUUAAAGAAAAUUUAUUACCUUUCUUACCAAUCAAUAGUUCAUUAAAGAAUUUGAUCAACAAUAAUAUUACUAGGUUUAUUUCGAGUUAUAAUGCCCAAUUUUUAGCAAUGGCUCAAGUGAUUGAGAUUAUUUGUAGUUUACGUUCUGGACUGAUAGAUUUACCAAUGGCAUUAUUUAGAUUCUUAACUCGAUUUAAUCUAACGUCCAUUUUAAAAUUAUGGUCUAUUGUGAUUUAUAUUUGGUUUUUUAAACUAAGAUAUUUACAAAAUGCUAAAAUAAGAGAGAUCACUGCACAAUACAUUCAACAAUUAGAUCAAUUAUUAGUUACAAAAUUACCACAAAAUAUUUUAACUAAAUGGUACGCUUAUAAACAUAUUAUCAAAUCGCUAUUCAUGAUGUUACCUGUGUGA